UCUUCGGUCCGCUCACGUCAGCCGCUCGGACUCCGGCUGCGUGGAGACGCGUGAGCGGGAGUUCCCUCCGGUUGUAAAACGCUCUUCGGCGGCUGCUUCUCUCUUUUCCCGCGGGUCGGUCAGUGACGUCGCCGCAGCUAACGUCAGCGCUAGCAGCUCGCGGCUAGCUGCCCGGAGCUAGCUGCCCGGAGCUCCGUGCUCCGCCGGUCAGCGCUGCUCGAACUUUACCCGCCAGCGAGCAGUCGCCGCCGGGUGAACAGUCAGGCAAGACACCGCGGCGGCACAGAUGUCGGCGGAUGUGAAAGUUGUUUUUCUGUUUUUCUUGUCCGGCGCCCGGUGGCGGGCUGACCUGACCUGACGCGGAGUCGCCGCUGCGCGCCAAUCGGCAGCGACGUCGGUGUGAAGGAGCCGACGACUGAAACUCUUCGGGACGACGGACACCGAGCCGGACGUUCCUCCUGGGAAACACCUGGAUCAUAGCAAAUACAACGAGUCGAUCGUGUUUCCCAGUAGCCCAGGAUGAUGUUCUGAUUGGUCCACCCCAAAGGUCUUCAGAUCACUGUCACAGAGGAGCAAAGAAACCAGAACAUAUUCACGGACACAUUGACGCCGAGGCAAGCGCAGACAUGAGCGAGGUGGCGGAGGAAGCGAUGGACAGCUCCGCGGUGUCCGAGGAGGAGGUGGAGGCGGACCAGCGGGACGACCAGUCCAGUCCGAGCAAAGGCCGCAGCAAAGUGCCUGCUGCAGGUGAAAUCAUUGAGGGCAAACGGGCGAAGAAGACGGUGGAGAGGCUCGACUUCCAGGCUCCCAAGCAAAUGGAGAAGCUCAAGAUCGGAGAUGGCAGCGGAGAUAAAUUAGGAGAGAUUCCACGCACCAGCUUCCAGAUCACCAAGAUGAAGCCGGCCGACCUGAAGCCUCUUCACGCCAUCUUGUUCGACAGACCAGGAAAGAUGGCCAUGAUGAAGAAGAACCUGCGUCUGUUCAACGGUUUUCCCUUCGAUGCCGACAGUGAACAGUACAACAAGAAACGGGAAAAACUCCUCAAAAAUUCAAAUUUCACCAACUCCAAACUGAAAGUCGUCUGCGGCGUUUUGGAUCUGGAGAAGAAAGGAACUCACUCUGAUCUGGUCGACCGGAUCCUGACUUUCCUCAUCGCACCAAAGAACAGCGGGAAGCGUGUCCCCGUGAAGAAGAAGAGGAAAUCAAAGAAGAAACUCUCAGGCGACGACGACUCAAAGGCGAAGACCAAGAAAGCGAGCAAAUCCAAACCCAGCAGCUCGUCGUCCAGUCCCAAGAAGUCAAAGACUGGAAGCAAGUCCAAAGCCAUCGUCAUGGACUCGAGCAGCGACGAGGAUGAGGAAGAUGAGAAGGCGGGGGCGUCGGCCGAGGCCGAGGGAUCGGACACUGAGGACAAGCCGUCGGAGAAGGAAGAGGACCAGUCGGACAAGUCGGAGGAGGAGGAGUCAGCAGACGAGGAGGAGGAGGAGGAGGAGGAGGUGGAAGAUGAUGAGUCUCCGAAAUCCAAGUCGGGCCGAGGGAAGACGGCGUCCAAGAAACCAGCGCCGAUGAAAAGGCCGAGGACGCCAGCGAGGAAGACAGGUCCUCCUCCUCCGAAGAAGAAGAGAGCGAAGAAGGACGCUUCAGACGAGUCGGACGUCGACAGUGAAGCUGACGAGAAGCCCAAAAAGAAGAAAUCGGCUCCGACCAAACCGGCGGCUAAAACGAAGAAGGCCGACAGCAGCAGCAACAGGAAAAACAACUCCAACACAGCAGACGACAGUUCGGACGACGACGAGCCGCUCAUCAAGAUGAUCAAGAAGUCGCCGAGUGACGAGCAGCUGAAGGAGACGGUGCAGAGUCUGCUGAAGGAGGCUGACCUGGAGGAGAUGACCAUGAAGCAGAUCUGCCAGCGGGUAUUUGACACGUUCCCAGACCACGACCUGACCAGCAAGAAGGACUUCAUCAAGCAGACCGUCAAGUCUCUCAUCACAUGAAGAUCUGAAGAAUGACGUCGACGUGAGUCGCUGCAAAGGGAAAAAAACGGCCGCAGCUUCUUCUUCAUCAUCAGUUUCACGUCAGAGUUUCUUUUUAUACGAAGCUGUUUUAUAAAUGAUUUUUUUUUUCACUAUUAUUAUUAAUGUGUGACUUGUGUAUAGUUUUUUUCAGAUUAACUCAACAGUUCUCAUCUUUUCAUUUUAAAAAUGCUUUCUGGUCGAGUCCAAAGCAUAGUAGUGAUUAUUUAAAAAAGCAAAACAAAUCAAUUUUAGAAAAGGACAAUUUUUUUUUUUAACAAGUGGUCGAUUUAUACGUCUAGUGAUUCAUCUAGAGUCAAAUCUAACAUGUAUUUUUCCUCUGUGAGAGUUUGUCUUCAUCAGUGAAUCAGAAGUUUCUUUCGCUCCAGUCGCUUUUGAAUGAAUUAAGCCGAACAGACAAACAAAAAAACUGUUUUGCAGGUCAAAAUGAAGCAGUGGUUUGAACAUCUGAACAAUUUUUAUUUUAUUUUAAUUUUUUAUUUUAUUAAAAAAAAUACAUUUGUCCAAAUCUGAUCUUUUGCUUUUCAAUUACAUUUUUUAUUUCUGGAUUAAGAUUUGUUCGCGUUUCUAAUGAGAUGAAGUUAUUUUUGAUUAAUACAUAUUUUAACUGAUUCUUUUUUUGUUGUUGUUUUUUGCUCUGUCUAAUAUUAUUUUACACCUUCAAAUCCAAAAGUUAACUGUGCUGACUAAUUUACUUACUGAUUAAAAUUGUACCUUUUUGAACAAAACUGCCUAAAUGUCGUUUAGAAAAAUAAACAUUCCCAGGUUUUUUGGCUACGA